GGUAAGCGCACGCGCCGCCAUAUUGGCAGAGAGCGGAAGUGAGGGAGAGUAAAGAGUGAGAGAGAGAGUGAGAGUUCGGGCUGCAGUACAGGGUUCUGGAUCUUGACCGGGUUCUAGAUCGGGUUCUAGAUCAGGUUCUGGAGGUUCGGUAGGUGGUGAAGAUGCCGCUGGCUCAGCUCGCGGACCCGUGGCAGAAGUUGGCAGUGGGACAUCUCGAGCCCGAGGAUGACUCUAUGGGAGAAGAUGACACUCCAAUGAGUGAUGAAGGUCCGGUGAAGGAGAUCAGUAUAACUCAUCAUGUGAAGGAGGGGUCGGAGAGAGCUGAUCCACGGCAGUUCGAGCUACGCAAAGUUCUGGGACAGGGAUCGUUUGGAAAGGUGUUCCUGGUGAGGAAGAUUUCGGGUCCAGAUGCAGGACAGCUUUAUGCCAUGAAGGUCCUGAAGAAAGCGACACUGAAAGUGAGGGACAGGGUGAGGACGAAGAUGGAGAGGGACAUUCUGGUUGAGGUCAAUCAUCCAUUUAUCGUUAAACUACAUUAUGCAUUUCAGACGGAGGGUAAACUCUACCUGAUCUUGGAUUUCCUGCGGGGAGGAGAUCUGUUCACCCGACUCUCUAAAGAGGUGAUGUUUACGGAGGAGGAUGUGAAGUUCUAUCUGGCGGAGUUGGCGUUGGCUCUGGAUCAUCUUCACGACCUCGGCAUCAUCUACAGAGACCUCAAACCUGAGAAUAUUCUGCUGGAUCAGGAGGGUCAUAUUAAACUGACGGAUUUUGGUCUGAGUAAGGAGUCAGUGGAUCAGGAGAAUAAGGCGUACUCUUUCUGUGGAACUGUGGAGUACAUGGCUCCGGAGGUGGUGAACCGCAGAGGCCACACCCACAGCGCUGAUUGGUGGUCGUAUGGAGUCCUGAUGUUUGAGAUGUUGACGGGGAUGCUGCCGUUUCAGGGGAAAGACCGUAAAGAGACCAUGACCAUGAUCCUGAAGGCUAAGUUGGGAAUGCCUCAGUUUCUCAGUGGUGAGGCUCAGUCUCUGCUCAGGAAUCUCUUUAAGAGGAACCCGGGGAACCGACUCGGGGCGGGGCCUGAUGGAGUUGAGGAGAUAAAGAGACAUCCAUUCUUCUCCACCAUCGACUGGAACAAAUUAUUUCGUAGAGAGCUGCAUCCCCCGUUUAAACCCGCCUCCGGUCGCCCGGACGAUACGCUGUACUUCGACACGGAGUUCACCGCUAAAACCCCGCGAGACUCCCCCGGUGUUCCCCCCAGUGCUAACGCUCACCAGCUGUUCAGGGGUUUUAGUUUUGUAGCGACUGGAGCAGAAGAAGAGACCCAGCCUCCCAUCCAGACCAACACCAGCAUCAGCAGCGUAUUACAGCACCGCAGUGCACUACAGUUCACGGAUGUGUACGAUGUGAAGGAGGAUAUCGGAGUGGGAUCCUACUCCAUCUGCAAACGCUGUGUCCACAAGACCACCGGCAUGGACUACGCUGUUAAAAUAAUCAAUAAAGAGAAGAGAGACCCGGCAGAGGAGGUGGAGAUUCUGCUGAGAUACGGCCAACACCCCAACAUCAUCACCCUGAAGGACGUGUAUGAUGACGGGCGGGUGGUGUACCUGGUGACGGAGCUGAUGAAGGGUGGAGAGCUGCUGGAUAAAAUCCUGAGGCAGAAGUUCUUCUCGGAGAGGGAGGCCAGCGCCGUCCUGCACACCAUCACCAAAACCGUGGAGUACAUGCACGUACAGGGGGUGGUGCACCGGGAUUUGAAGCCCAGUAAUAUUCUGUAUGUGGACGAGUCCGGAAACCCCGAGUCCAUCCGGAUCUGCGACUUUGGCUUUGCUAAGCAGCUCCGAGCGGAAAACGGCCUGCUGAUGACCCCCUGCUACACCGCUAACUUCGUCGCUCCUGAGGUGUUGAAGAAGCAGGGAUACGAUGCAGCGUGUGAUAUCUGGAGUCUGGGUGUGCUGCUGUAUACCAUGCUAACGGGCUUCACCCCAUUUGCUAACGGUCCUGAGGACACGCCCGAGGAGAUCCUGGCUCGCAUCGGCAGCGGCAAGUUCUCGCUAACGGGAGGAUACUGGAACUCUGUAUCCAAUGGUGCUAAGGACCUGGUAUCUAAGAUGCUGCAUGUUGACCCCCAUCGGCGAUUGACUGCCGGUCAGGUCCUGCGUCACCCCUGGAUUGUCAACAAGGAUCAGCUGCCCAAGUACCAGCUGAACCGGCAGGAAGCUCCACAGCUAGUGAAGGAAGCGAUGGCUGCCACGUAUUCGGCUCUGAACAGAAACGUGUCCCCCAUGCUGGAGCCGGUGGGACGCUCUACGUUAGCUCAGCGCCGAGGGGUCAAGAAGCUAACCUCUACCGCCCUCUGACCGCCGACACACUCCGAGGAGCUGCCGACCAAAGAUUAACACACAUUUAUUUUUGUUUGUUUGUUUUGUUUUUGUCUGUUUAUACCGAAAUCACUUGCUUGUACAAUCAUUACCGUCUCAGAGUGCCGGAGUACCGGAGUCUCUGAGCGUCGUAGUGUUUCUGCAAAGCUCUUAAACAUAGAUCUGAAAUCAGUUUAUAUGCUCUUAUGAAACCUGUAAAUGUUCUAGAUAUCUAGAAAUUAUAUAUAACGGAGCUGAGCGAGAACACCGGCGGUGUUUGUUGGGGAUUGUGGGAGUUUUAUGCUGAGAAACCUGAGAGAUUUUUUUAUUGUUGUUGUUUUUUGUUGGAGCUACAAACACACUCCACAUUAGAGCUGAUGUUUGACCACUGAUUAAAUGGAGCAGUUUAGCUAAAAAAAAUCUAAUCAACCAGAUUGAUAAAAAAUCUCAGAUUCAGUCGAUUCAUCAAGUUAUCAAGUCAAGUUUGGUAUCUGAUGCGCUUCCAGAGAUGCUAGGCUAAUGUUGCUAACAAACACAGGACUUUGAUUGUCAUCUAGUAGUGGUUGAUAUUGUAAAAACAUUAUAUUGCAAUAAUUAAAGGUGCAAUAUAUUUGUUUUUUUGCAAUGUUUUAGAACAAAACAAAUGCUUUAAAUUAUACAUGAUAUUAUUGACAUUAUUAACUGCGAUGCUAACAGCCAGGUUUGCUAGGGUUGAAGCUGCAAUGCUAACAUACAAAACAACCUGGUUUGGCAGUGUUCAUGUGGCUUAGCCACAAUGCUAACAGCCAGACUCAGUAGGAAUGGAGCCGCAAUGCUAACACACACAAAAGAAAAAAAGGCUCAGCAGGGUUUGGAAUGGGUUAGCCACAAUGCUAAUAUAAUAUUUGGGCUUAGCAGGAAUGGAGGUGCAAUGGUAACUUACACAACAAAAAGGUUUAGAAGGGGUUUGAAUGGGUUAGCUAUGAUGCUAACAGCAGGGUUUGGCAGUGAUAGAGCUUCAAUGCUAACAGACUCCGCAGCCAGGCUUGACGUGGUCCUGAGCAAGUUAGCCACUGUGCUAACAGCCAGACUCAGCAGUAUUUGAUUGGGUUAGCCAUGAUGCUAACAGCCAGACUUGGCGUGGCAGAUUUAGGAGUGAAUUUGGCAUAAGAUACCACAAAUUUUUACUUUUAACGCCACUUCAAAUUAAAAGUCCUCUUCAGAAAUUUCAAACCAAGUCUUGAGUCAAUCGACUGCAUCUGAGACCUGUUAUCAAUCGUGUUGAUUAGAUAAUAGAUAUUUUGAUUGAUCUGCUCCUUUAAGGCCAAGUCUGCUCAUGCUGAACCCUAUAAUGCUAUUAGUGCCAUUCAGAAUCGAGUCGUUGAGUCUUUUUUGAUUAUAUAAAUAUAUAAAUGUAACUGUAUAAUUUCAGUUUUUUUGUUUAUUAUAGAUGAUUUAUACGUAGCAUUUUACCCUCCUUUAUUCACGUUUAUAUCCAUAACAGCGCAUCCAGUCUUAGCGCUUCCAUAGCAACAAUGCUAAACUACGGUUAUCCAGGUCGUAGGGCGUGUUUCCGAUAAAGUGGCCACUCCAGGGGGACUGAACUGUACUGUGUUUUAUAAUGACUGCAGCUGUGAAAUCCAGGCACAUACCCAUACUGUUCUACUGCGGUUUUCACGUGUACCCUACGAAAAAAAAACAUACGACGUUUUUAACGAAGUCUGUCCUGAAAUAUUUUCGUAAAUUUCUCUGUAUCAAGUUAAAUCACUGAUAUAGUAUUUAGCAGGGAUUUAUACACGUUUUUGGGCAAAGACAGCAAAAAAUGUAACAGCAAAAAAUUGUAACGUUUAAAAUAAAAGUAACAUAAAAACACCACGCUAACCUCAUUCCCACCAGAACCGGAGGGACCUUUUAAAGGACUAUACCAGCGUUUUUAACCUGAUCUGUAUCUGCUGUAUCUGUAAUGUAUGGUCGAUUUACCAACUAGUAUCAUUUCUAAAUAUUUUCGUAUACGUAGAAAAGAACGUGAAAAACUCCUUUGCGUGAAACUCCUUUAUAAUAAAAGUCACUGGGGAGAUUUUUUAAAAGGUUAAUUCAGUAUUUCUGACUUAGUUUCUAUCUGCUGUAUCUGAAGCUGAUGACCGAAUUCCACUAUUUCUAAAUAUUUUCUUAAAAAAUCCGUUAUUUUUCACCUCAAUCUCUAUAUACUGUAUCUGUAGCGUACACUCGAUCGCUACUUAACAUGGUUUCAAAAUAUAUAUACAAAAAAAUAUCUGACAUUUCUGAAACUUAGUAUGAAAACCAAGUAUGAAAUGCGUUUAUAAUGAUUAGAAUUAGUGGGCAGAUGCUGAUAUAUAUAGUUAAAUCUUAUGUGUGAAAUAUUUUUGAAAUAGUUAAAUUUGCUUUCUUUAAAUUUUAGAUAAAACAUUGAUGUCUUCUUCAUAUACGCUAACAGCCAGGCUUAGCUGGGUUGAAGUGGGUUAGCUUUAAUGCUAAAAGUCAAGCUGGACAGGGUUCGGGCGGGUUAGCCGCAAUGCUAACAGCCAGGCUUAUUCUAACAGCCAAGCUUGGCUGAGUUGGAGAAGAUUAGCCGCAGUGCUAACAGCAAAGAUUGCCAAGGUUGGUGCAGGUUAGCUGCAAUGCUAACAGCCAACCAGUUUUAACAGGGAUUGAGUAGGUUAGCAACAGUGCUAGCAGCCAAGCUUAUGCUAGCAGACAGGCUUAUUCUAUCAGCCAGGCUUGGCUGGGUUGGAGAAGAUUAGCCGCAGUGCUAAGAACCAAGAUUGCCAAGAUAUGUGCAGGUUAUCCCCAAUGCUAACAGCCAAGAUUACAGGGUUCUUGCGCGUUAGCCACAAUGCAAACAGCGGGGUUUGCCAAGGUUGGCACAGGUUAGCUGCAAUGCUAACAGCCAAAAUUGCCAGAGUUGAUGCUGGUUAGCCACAAUGCUAUCAGCCAAGAUUGCCAAGGUUGUUGCGCUUUAGCCACAAUGCUAACAGCCAAGAUUGCCAGGUUUAAUGCACAUUAUCCACAAUGCUAACAGCAGGCUUGGAUAAGGUUUUUCAUAACUUAUCAAAAUGUAUGUAAUUAAAACUCUCAUCUAAAUCUAGUGUGUGUGUGUGUGUUAGCAGUGUUAGCAUUAGCCUAGUUUAAACUAAUGCAGCACACUCAUAAUCUAAGUACAUUUCUGAACAUUUUUGAAUAAUCCACAUAAACGUUUAUCUGCGUAACGGAGCAUCUGCCCAUUGAUUCCUGUCGUACGUUAGCUUCAUGCUAACACGUUUCUGCGGAGUUCAGAGAAACUUGUUGAAAUUAAUUUUGGUAAUAAACUCUGUAUUUUGUAUUUUACAUAAAAAUUAAAGAUGAUAAAGUUACACUGUAGCACUCCGCCCUCACUCCCGUCUCGCCGCUACGUGAUUUUUUUAUGGAAUUAAAGGGAAUUUCGUAAGAUUUACGUUCGUCUGGUUUGAUAUUACGGAUUUUUCCAGUAAACAGUAAACGAUUUUUUUAGAGAGACAUUCCGAAUGUAUUUUUGUAUCAGAGUACACUUUUCUACUACGCUGUGAGAGUUUAGGAGUGCGCGAGAGAGAGAGGGUGCAGUUCACUGUGGGUUUGGGACGGAGCUCCUGCUGUUGAUUCUGUGUUUGAAACUAAUCUGAUUAUGACUUUUUUGGGAAAUCAAAUGUUAUUAAUAACCAAUAAUAAAAUUCUUUAAGUAUU